GAACACUUCCUGCAACAACUUCAAUGAUGAAACUUCAGUGCCACGUAUGGAGCCAACUGGUUCUAUGAAGUUGCAUAUCAGUUCUUAACUCAAAAAAAUAUUUAUUCGUUUAAGGGAACAGAGCGCCCUUCUUGCACAAUGUUGCUGGCUGUCCUGAGUUGGUUGUGUACCUCUCUCUUGGUCUCCGUCCGCGGCGGUAAACUGCCCGAGGCCGAGGUGAAUAUAGAGGUUUUGCACAGACCUUUCCUCUGUCAUCGAAAAUCAAAGUAUGGAGACAUUCUCCUAGUGCAUCACGAGGGAUAUUUCCAAAACGGUACAAUGUUUCACUCAAGUUAUACUGAAGGGGACAAGCAGGCAGUGUGGUUCACACUGGGCAUCCGAGAAGUGAUUAUUGGUUGGGAUAAAGGCCUGCAGGAUAUGUGCAGUGGAGAGAAGAGACGACUGACCGUGCCCCCAUCCCUCGCCUAUGGAAAGGAGGGCAGAGGGAAGAUCCCACCUGAGAGCACCCUGACCUUUGUCAUCGAGGUCAUGGAGAUCCGCAACGGGCCCAGGUCCCACGAGUCCUUCCAGGAGAUGGACCUCAACGAUGACUGGAAGCUCUCCAAGGAGGAGGUGAAGGAAUACCUGCGGAAGGAGUUCCAGCGCCACGGCUACCCCCCCAACGACACCCAUCACGAGAGCAUGGUCGAGGACAUCUUCGUGAAGGAGGACGAGAACAAGGAUGGCUUCAUAUCCUCCCGAGAGUUCACCUACAAGCACGAUGAACUUUAAAACACAUUCCACGCCGUAGUUCUCUGACUCACUCCUGUGUUGUACCUCAGUUUUGCGUGUUUGCUGUGACAUCUGAUUGUGAACCUUUGGGUGGAUGUUGUUGAAGAUAAUGGGUGUCAAAUAAUUGCAACAUCAGUUCAUGUCCUUGUUUAGCAUGCAUUUGGUGUAGGAAAAUGUCUCUCGAACUGUUUAAUAUCCAUUCGGUAAACCUGAAACAGAAUUGUUAAACAUGCAGUAUUUUGUUAUUUUUAUAAAACCCAGAACAUCUUUGGUCGUAAAACAAUUUCAGUUAAAGUUCAUUUUUUCACAUACAAUAUUAUACAUGUACAAGGUGCAAUGCAUUUCCUAGCCAUGCUUGACACACUGUAAGAGCUCCAAGUAACUGUGAUCUCUGAUACUAUGGACCAAAUGCCUUGUUACACCAAAAAAAUCUUUGAUGGUCCACCAAACCUUCUUAUGACUAAAAUAUUCUAGAUUGCUCUAGAUAAUUCAUAAUAUUUCUGACCAAUAAACUACUACACUUUG